AUGAUUCAACCUAAUAAACGCGUUUUAGAGACAAAAUUUCAAGGGCAAGAUCUCAAAAUUAAUAUAAAUUUAGAUGGAUUAUCAGGAGUAGCUCAUUAUAUGGAUAAAAAUAUUAAAUUUAAAUUUGCAAAAGAAGUACCACCUUUAUUAUCAUCGAAUGUAGAAAUUGACAAUACCAAACUUCAUAUUUCAUUUUCAUCUCCAUCAUCAAUUAAAGGAAUAAUAAUUUAUCCGAAUGGAAAUACCGAAACAGUAAUACUUAAGAAAGAAAAUGAUGAAUUUCUUCUAAAUGUAUCCAUUUUGCUAUUUUUACUUGUUCUCUUCUUCGGAAUUAUUUAUUUCAUUCGUUCAAAAUGCAUUAAGAACAAUGACGAAGAUAGAAUUAACGAUACGCAAGACCAAGAAUCGCGCCCAGUAAAAUACGAAGUUAGAAUUGUUAAAACCGAAGAAAUUACGAAUGAGGAAGAAGACUAUGAAGAAGAAAAUCCAGAAGAAGAGUCAACGAUUCAAAACAAUGAUGCUGAAGAUGAGGUUUAUCAACGAAAAUAA